GUAUCGUGAGAACUUUCGAACAACUUCACAUCGAUAGAACAAGCACGCGGUAUAUUUUGUACCCGUAAAUGUUUUAAGCAUGAUUUGUGAGGUGGUUAUUUUCACAAAUGAAUAUCCAAUUAAAUGGAAAAUAACAAACUUCAAUAACGAUGUUUAAUCCUUUAUAGAUAACUAAUAUUGAUGUAAUUAAUUAGUCAAUAAUUUUCUUUUUAUUUACUAUCAAACAUGGAGUGUAUUUGGUCUGACCCUAGUAAACAUCCUCAAUGUCCACAUGGACCAACUUUGUUAUUUGGUAAAUACGAGAGUAAUGAAUUGAAGAAAUUUUAUAUAUGCUCGGCAUGUCGCGAUAGAAAAACAUGCACAUUUUAUUUAAAAGAAGGAGACGAAUUAUCAAAAGAUGAGAGAAUCAAAUGGGAACAAAAAAGAAAAGAAUACGUUUCUCGAUAUAAUCAUAGAUCGUUAUACAUACGUUUUAACGAAGUAAUUUCUGUACCACAAGAACAAAGGUGUUAUUGUUAUACCUGUGAGCUAUUAAUAUGCAAAAAUGAAGAAAAUAAACAUAAAGAUCAUGAAAUAAAGGAGGGUCUUACAGAUUAUCAGCUGAAGCAUCCAACAGAAAUUUUAAAACCUUUAACAGACUCUAGACAAGAAGCUCAAUAUUUUUUUACAAAGAAAUCAACAGAAGAUAUAGUUAAUAUUCUUUUAAAACUUGGUGCCAAGCAAGUUCUUUGCAUUUGUGCACCAAAAAUUCAUGAAUAUAUUUCAGAGAAAUACGAAAAUACAAUGUCCUCCCUUUUAUUAGAUUUUGAUGGAAGAUUUCACAAUUUCUUUGGACCAUUAAAUUAUUGUUGGUAUAAUUUAUUGAACAAUCAUUUCUUUAAUAAAGGUGCUACUUAUGUUUUCAAAGACUUUGUUAUGCAAAAUAAAGGAAGGGAUACAUAUGUAGUCUGUGAUCCCCCAUUUGGUAGCAGGGUAGAACCAAUAUCAUGGACUCUGAACAAAAUUUCUGACCUUCAUAAGAAAUGGAAUGAUAUAGAAGAUGAAAAGGAUUACUUAAAAACUAUGUUCAUAUUUCCAUACUUUAUGGAAUCCAUACUGAAACAAAAGAGUAAUCCAGUUGAUAUAUCUGGAGGCUUGAAGGAGUUGAAAAUGACAGAUUAUAAAGUAGCUUAUGAGAAUCAUGCAUUAUUUGUAACAAAUUCUAAGACCACUAAGAAAUUAUCACCUAUUAGGUUGUUUACAAAUGUGCCACUACAUUUAAUAGAACUUCCCGAAUCAGAUGGCUACAAAUAUUGCAAGAGGUGUCAAAAAUGGGUUUCCCAAGAAAACAAACAUUGUAAGAAAUGUAAAGAAUGUACCUCCAAAAAUGGAUUAACAUAUAAACAUUGUAACGAAUGUAACCGGUGUGUGAAACCUUCUUGGAAACAUUGCAAAACUUGUGAGAGAUGUUUGGUGGAGAAACAUGUAUGUGGUCAGAAACCAAAAGUUACAGGAAAAUGUUUUAAGUGUAACAAACUUGGACAUGUUGCAAAAGAUUGCAAUACUCAUGAAGAGGAUUUUUUAAGUAAAAUAAAAACUAAAAAUGUUAAAAAACGUAAGGCUAGCAGUGAAAAAGAUGCAGUGAAUAACAUAAAGAAGAAAAAGUUUAAUACUGCACAUAAACCUGAUGAAGAAGAAAAAGAAACACCUGUAACAACAUCAAACAGUCAAGUAAAGAAGUUGAAAGGAAAAUUAAAGAAGAUGACACCACAGCCUAAAGUAAAAACUUUAAAGAAAUCUAAACUUUUAACAUUAAAGAAGAAAAAGAAGUUAAAUACCCAAUCAAAUGGGAUUGUAAAGAAAAAUAUAAAGAAACAAUCAUAACUUAGUAAUUGAAAAUAAACAUUAUUGUAAAA